AUGCAGACAAGUACUCAAGUAUUGGCCAACGCGACGUUUGAAGAGAUUCUUGAUGAUCUGUCAAGUCGCUUUAUCGUCAACGUUCCCGAAGCAGAACUUGCCUCUGUUGAACGCAUUUGCUUCCAAGUAGAACAAGCACAUUGGUUUUACGAAGACUUUGUUAGAGAAAUCAAACCAGAACUACCGUCAUUUCAACUGAAAACAUUUUCUGCAAAGAAUAUCCUUUUUUUCCCCUCUGUUACUACUAAUAACUUGUGUGUCUGUUCCUUUGAUGGACCAAAUGCCAUUCAUUGCUUGUUAUUCAUCCUUAACUCUUUCACACUAUUCACGCAUUGUCCUCUUUUACAGCAAUGGGCUCACGAGCACGAACGCGCAUAUGCCGACUUUAUGCAGUAUCGCUUUCGCAUCCCCGUUUGCGGAGCCAUCAUUCUCAACGAGACGCUGGACAAGUGUCUGCUAGUGAAGGGCUGGAGUUCCAAAUCUGGAUGGGGAUUCCCCAAGGGAAAAAUUAACCAGAAUGAAGAAUACGAUUGCUGCGCUAUCCGAGAGGUAUUGGAAGAGACCGGUUAUGACAUCACUGACGGUUUGCGAAAAAACGAUUACAUCGAACUGACCAUGCGCGAGCAACGUAUUCGAUUGUAUAUUAUUGUUGGGGUACCGGAAGACACAGAAUUCAUACCUCGUACGAGAAAAGAGAUUAGCCAAAUCGCAUGGCUCAAACUCGAUGAUUUGCCAACUUACAAAACGAAUGGAUCGAACAAUGGAAGCCAGAAUUAUGUUCGAUUGGGCUCAUUCCGAUUUUACAUGGUGGUGCCCUUUGUCAAGUAA